GUCCCAUUUUCUUGGCACAAAUACAAAGCGGUGGUCAGAAUCUCUAGUAACUUCGCGAAUACAAAAUGCUUAGGCUCGCAUCGAAGAGGGUUCUAGACGCAGCGACACGGCCGGCCCAGGUGCUGCCGCGUCUCUACCACGAGAGGGUCAUCGAGCACUACGACAAGCCCCUGAACGUCGGAUCCUUCGACAAGAACGAUCCGACGGUGGGCACGGGCCUGGUCGGCGCCCCCGCCUGUGGGGACGUCAUGAAGCUCCAGAUCAGGGUUGACGAGGAGACCGGGAAGAUCGUCGACGCUCGCUUCAAGACCUUCGGUUGUGGCUCCGCGAUUGCGUCCUCGUCCGUAGCUUCUGAAUGGGUUAAGGGGAAGCAAUUGGAGGAAGUUGUGACCAUUAAAAACACGGAAAUUGCGAAGUAUCUUUCUCUGCCACCAGUAAAGUUGCACUGCAGCAUGCUUGCUGAGGAUGCGAUCAAGGCUGCUGUUAAAGAUUAUGAAGCUAAACGUGCCAAAUCAAAUGGCAGUACAACGGCAGAACCUGCAGUGAAGACCGCUGAAGCAUGAUGAUGCCCAUGUUUGAAGGCCGCUGAAGCAUGAUGAUGCCCUUAUGUUUUGAUGACGAAAAAUAUCUGGGAGUCGGAUUAGUGGUCUCUACCUAUUAUCUAGUGACUGUAUAAUAAUGGAGUGGACUUGAUGAGAACAUCUUCAGAACACGCACUUCUCUUGGAGAUAUUCAAUUAAGAAGUGUUUUUAAUUUUUUUUUUUUCCUUCUCCCUAGACGAUGUAAAGAAGGUUUGAUUUUGUUGUAUUUCGUGACAGGAGACUAUGUGAACUGUUACUGAUAUCAAAUGGGGUUUCUCCAUUUUAUGAUUUAUAGUAUGAAAUCAGUAAUCACUUCUUUGA